AUGCCUUGCACCACCACAAGGCCCUCCCGCCGCAGCCUGCGGCCAAGAUAUCGUGUCAGGUCGUCCGCCGCUACUGCUCUGCACCAACCCGCCAGCCUCUUGGCCAUCUUGAUGCUGGUGGCCGCUUGCCUCUUCGCGCAGACGUCUCUUGCGGCACCAUCACCCCCGCGACCGCCGCCCGCUCGGGGAUUUCACAAUGUUGUUGGAAAGCGUGGAUCACCGGCUAUUGCGAGAUCCGCGCUGCCGGGCACAGCCCUGGAUGACGGUGACAAUGAGCAGCAGCAGCAGCAGCAGCCCAGUCCGACGGUGGUCCAUGGUCCGUCGAUCCCCUCGCCUGUCUCGCAAGCUGGAGGGUUUGUGGUAGCAAGCAGCAGCAAUACGCCUUCGCAGGGUGCCGCUUCGCCAGUGGUGGUCUUGAACAGCGGUCCGAUUCAAGUGCUCACCACCACGACUGUCCCGGUUCCGGAUCCUCCUGCAGUAAUGGACAUGCCACAGUCACCACCAUCUCCCUCACCAUUGGUUAUCCUCGGGGCGCCGGGCCAGCAAGCCGGGCAACCGCAGCCGCCCUCGAUACAUAUCACUUUCACGACUGUCGUUGUGGACGGGUUUCCGGGACUGCCUUCCCCUCCUCCGGCGGCCUCAUGGCCACAAGAGCAGCAAGAGCAGCCGCCGCCUCCGCCGCAAACCUUGCCCGUCCAGGGAUCACCGGUUGUCCAACAAGCAACAAGCGGACCCGGCGAGAACACUGUUGAGGGCCAGGGCAGCAACGAGAACCACCAGCCACCACCGGAAAAUCCACCGGCAGCCCUCGUACCUUCAACCACAACAAUCACAGAGAGCGUCCAGAAGACAAUCACAAAAACCUUGGCGUACCGCGUCACCACCCUCUCCAAGACAGUCACGCAGAUGGUCACUGUGACCAAAACCCUCACGCCGCCCUCCUCCUCCUCCUCCUCCUGGUCCUCGUCUGCCGCUGCUGCUACAGCUCCCAACGGUACGAUGAGCAGCAGUACGGGGAGUGUGAGUGUGGCUGGUCUUCUGGGACUGAGUCAAGCCAGCGUCGCGACGUCCAACACUGCAGCGUUUGGGGCGAGCGUGAAUGGGACAGCGGCCGCGGAGCCGGCUAUCACCGCCGAGGCUGGGGACCAAGGAGAUAGGCGAGAUCGAGGUUAUCGCCAGGAGUAUCGACCCGCGCCGUUGUGA